CACUUCCGGAGUUAGAGGUAAAUAAACAUGCUGGCUGUAAUGUCAUUGAAAAACAUAUUGACAUUUGAGCUGGUUAACAUCAGUUUUUUAACAUCACUAGUUAGAUCUUCAGCCGAUUAAACACAUAAUACAACUCGGUUCUGAACAGGAAGUAAAGGAUGGCUCUUCUGUGCGUGCGGCCGUGCACUCGCCACAUGACUGCAGGGCUUCAAGUCCGCGGCUAUGCCACUCUCAGUAAAUCAUCCAGACCCCAGGAGAAGGACAACAGCGGCCCGGUCUUUCAGUACGUCGGCGAGCACAAAAAGCCCAACCACAAAGUGUUCGUUUGGGGCUUCAGCUUCACCGGAGCUCUGGGUAUCCCGAGCUUUGUGGUGCCCGACAGCGGCAGGAAGAAACCCCGCAAAUACCAACUCACUCCUUACCGGCUGGAGACGGCAAAGCAGAUCUCGUCUGCUGCUUGUGGUUACGGCUUCACUCUCAUCGCCUCCUCGACCACAGAUGUGACCAAACUGUGGGGCAUGGGCCUGAACAAGGACUCCCAGCUGGGCUUCCAACGCACGCAGAACAGCCGCCAUCACAGCUACGACUACGUGCUGGAGCCGUCCCCGGUGGCUCUGCCUCUCGCGGAGCCUCAGCAGACCAGACUGGUUCAGGUGGCGUGCGGCCGCGCUCACUCUCUGGUCCUCACCGACAGAGAGGGAGUUUUCAGUAUGGGUAACAACGCGUACGGACAGUGUGGAAGGAGGAUCAUCGAAGACGAAGUCUACAGCGGCAGUCACGUCAUUCACAAGCUCGACGGCUUCAGCAGCAGAGUGGUCCAGGUAGCGUGCGGACAGGACCACAGCCUCUUCCUCACUGACACAGGAAAGGUCUUUGCUUGUGGAUGGGGCGCAGAUGGACAGACGGGUCUUGGGCAUCAUAAAGUCAGCUCCCGCCCGGUGGAGGUGGGCGGGGAUCUGGCGGGGGUGGAGGUGCAGCAGAUCAGCACGUACGGAGACUGCAGCCUGGCCGUGUCCAGAGACGGGCAGCUGUUCGGAUGGGGCAACUCUGAGUACCUGCAGCUGGCUUCUGUCACCGAGUCCACACAGAUCAACACUCCUCGACAUCUCCCUCUGAAAGGCUUCGGGAAGGCAGUCCAGGCGGCGUGCGGAGGGACACAGGUGGUCGUCCUCAACGACAAAGGAGAAGUGUUCGUUUGGGGUUACGGGAUUCUUGGAAAAGGCCCCGAAUUAUCUGAAUCCUCGACCCCGGAGAUGAUUCCCUCCACGCUGUUCGGACGCUCCGAGUUUAACCCCUCGGUGGUCGUCACCGGCGUCAGGUGUGGCCUCAACCAUUUUGCCGCAGUGACAGACCGAGGCGAGCUCUUCGUCUGGGGGAAGAAUGUGAGAGGUUGUUUGGGCAUCGGGAAGAGAGACGACCAGUACUUCCCCUGGAGAGUGACCGUGCCGGGUCAGGUGGUGGACGUAGCGUGUGGCGUCGACCACAUGGUGGCGCUGGUGAAGUCCCUGCUCUGAGCUUCACGUGUGUCCCAGCAGCGGGGAUGAAAGGCUGGAUGGUUUUGGCUGACCCUUCCAGCCCCCAUCAGAGACCAGAUCGCGAGGCCACGCUGGAGUCUUAAAAUCCAGCUGCUCUCUGCAGGCGAGCGACCCUCGUUGUCCCUCCGUCCUGCAGCUGACGUCAAACCGAGCAGACGCGUCGAUUCUGCAGCACACGGACACAGACUGUAUCACUCUACCCUGCAUGAAGGCUGUGGAGUAAAGACAGUGGAAGGACGGGUUUGGUUUGAGCUAAAAUAAACCAACAAUCAAGCCAAUUUUACGUGAAGCCAAGCUGUGAAAAACUGCAAACAUUUCUGCAACGUGAGGAUUUUCUGUUUUCUCUAAUCUAUGAAACCAGGAAAUAAUUUUUUGUGUUUUGGACAAAACAUGAAAAUCUUCAACGCCAGCUUUGAGGAAACCAAACUGUUUCUUGUAAAAAAAAAAAUGCAGAUGAAGAUUAAUCUAUCAUGAACAUUUUUCAUUGGAGUAUUCUCAGUCGAUGUGAUGCCCGUCAUUUCUGUCAUUUUGUUUCACAAAGUUGGUGUAAGAAGCAUUUUUCAUUGCAGUUUGUAAACACAACAUUCAAACUGGACCCGUCCUCCUGACGUGCACACUCACUGCAGGAUGUGGUGUGUACGUUUACUGCAUGCGGCCGCUAGCACAAGCUAGCCACAGGUGUUUAGCACAACGGAGAGCCGGCAAACUCUGGGUCCUGGUAGACGCCAAACCAAAGUUCACCCUCGUUUUAGAACGAGCUUCAUCGCCUCACUGUGAUUAGAUUUUCUCUUCUUUGCUGCUACAACCUCGUCCGUCAUGUUCACCGGUUUGAAUCGCUUCCAAUCGCUGAAUUGUAUCCACUCUUAAACUCACCUGCUGCGCUCUCAUUGGCUGGAGGAAACUCACCAGCUCCCCGCCCAGAAACAUCCCGAGUCGACCAGACAGAGUCUCUGCAGACACAGUCACCACCACACAUGUAUGACUCAGACUCAGGUAAUAAAAUAUUCCGGAGGAUUCUUCAGGAGCUUAAAUCUGUAACUUGUCUUGUGAACAUGUUUUGUUACCUCUCAUGUUUAUUUGUUGCUACAAAAAGAAGGAAAUGUGUUCAGUCAAAGUGACUCACUGUUGAAUAAACAGGCCUCUCUGCCAUUUGGGAUUACCUCAAACAAUACGCUGUGUGCCGGCUGUGAAAUGUUGGUAAAAAAAACAUUUGAAGAGCCAGUCGCAGCAUUAACAGUCCCCAAAAAAACAAAAUGAUUAUCUGGCUGCCAACGUCAGAUAGAGGUGAGGACACUCUGCCCCCCGAGAGAAAACAGGUUUCUGAGGAUUCAAUUUUACAUCCUGCACUCGUGUUUCACCUCAGUGUGUUCAUGUGUUUGUUUUUUUUUGUAGAAAGCAUCAGAUAGCUUCAGGAAGCUGCAAAAAGACGGACUGCUGCCAGCUGGGAAGGAUACUGACUGACUGAGACCUUUUUCAAAAUCAAAUAUGAAUGAAAGAUGUUGUUUUGGACUCCCAGCUGGAGAGUAUCACAGGAUGACUGUUUAAUACCUUUAAGGACACAUUAUGCAAAGCAGAUACAUAAUAAAUGUUACUUAUAUCAAAAUAUCAAUAAAUAUAUUUUACUAAAACAUCA